AUGAACGAAAACGUGUUUGGAAAUUCCGGGAAAUUCGCCGCAACCAGCGGAACAAGGUCAGCGGAGUGGUUUUUCCUGAGAGCUAAAUUAGCUGUGGCAGUGGCUGUAAUAAAGACAACACCUUCAGGUAUGAGUGUCAGAGAGCACUGUGAGGCUUUGGCUCUCAGACUGAAGAACCAGGAUGAGAGCUGGAAGGGGAAAGCCCUGGAGCUGGAGAAGGAGGUGCUCAGGCUCCAGCAGGAGCUGUUACUCACCAAGAUGACGACAGCUUCAAAGAGCAGCAGGGAGGCAGCAGAGAGUGAUGACACGGUGCAGAACUUCUCACAGGACUUGUUUGGUCCAGGAAACGAGGCGUGUAAUAAUGAUCUUCAACCAAACUGUGACGAGGACUCUCAGACUCCGAUUCAUCCUGAAGCUGAAGUACAGGAGCCAGAUCCCGCACCUUCCACUGAUUUCACUCAGCUCCAACCGUGCUAUGGCCACGCCAGUGAUCCUCAUGGGAAAAUGGUGUUUCCUCAUUUGGAGUUUCUCCUGGCGUUGUGUGGUCUGCGCCGGGUCGGAGGGAGGGCUGUCAGCCUGGAGGCUGUAUGCUUCAGCCCUGAAGGGGAGUUGAUAUUGGUGGAUACUGUGUGCCAGCUGUUUGACUCCAUUGUGAUGGCGUGCAAAGCUCCGCCUGCGGUGGGUCCAGGUGACCUCAUCCUGCAGGCCUGCCAGGUUGCAGCGCAAGUGAUGGACCUGUUCUGCGCUCGGAAGCGGCCAUCUGUGAAGUUUGUGAUACAUAUGGAGGAGUCCCUCAGGGAGCUGACAGCGGUGCUGCUAAACUGUCCACAGCCCAGUGGGCUGCAGGUCGCGGAGACGCUGAGGGCGUGUCUGACGGCUGUGGGAGGCAGCAGGAUGUCUACGUGCUUUCUCAUUCGCCACAUCCUCUCUCUGAUCAACACUUUGGCCGACCUGUUUGUCCAGCUGUGUCAGGGUGAGGUGAGUGCGGGCCUGAGCAGGUUUCCUGUGGACCAGUAUGAGAACUCGUGCCACCUGUUCAUGAUCCUGGAGGAGCUCCUGCAGAAAUCAGAGGUACGGGGCAGGGAGGUGAUCGGCGCAGAGAAGGACAUCUUCCUGAAACACCUGGAACAAAACCUCUGUCUGUUAUCUGAGGAGUUUCCUCUGUUUGCCAUCUAUAUGUGGAAAAUAGGAAGUCUUCUCAACUCAUAGAUUUGCUUU